CAAGUACACCUUAAAUUGGUAGCUGAUACACUGCUACACAAAACCAACAUUUAUCAAAAAUGGCAGAGGUACAGACACCCAAAAUUACUAGUUUCUUAUACUGUGAAGUCUGCACUUUGCCAGUAGAGUAUUGUGAAUUUAGCGGAACUCUGAAAAAAUGUAAAGCGUGGCUUAAAUCUGCUCAUGAAGACGUGUAUCAAAAGUUAUACGCAGAGUCAGAGUUGGCCUCUGAUAUGGACAAGAGCUUAAAAGUUGCCGGAGAAGAAGAUACUGAAGGAGAGCAACCUACAAAGUUGACCAAGGAAGAACGCAGGUUCGAGAGAGAAGAAGCGAAAAGAAUGUCUUCAAAGGUCUACAUCAAAACCAUCGAACGAACCAAGAGAAAGAGAGUUACCACCGUACAGGGUCUUGAUGCAUUUAACAUUGAAACAAAGAAGGCUGCCAAAAUGCUCGCCAACAAAUUCGCAACUGGAGCUAGUGUCACCAAAACUGCAGACAAGAAAGAUGAGAUUGUUAUCCAAGGUGACUUGGGAUAUGAUAUUUUUGACUAUAUUGCAGAGAAAUUUAAAGAGAUCCCUGAAGAUAACAUUGUUGUCGUUGAAGAUACAAAGUCUAAAAGAAAAUGAGUUUGUGAUGUUAAAGUAUGUAAAACGUCUAUUUUCGAUUGUUUGCUAUUGAACAGAUGCUAUAAAAGACGUAUCACCCAACUUAGCACGUACUCACGUCUCCGAAGUCUUUUUCAUUUGUUUGUCAGUUUUAUGGUUGGUCUUUAAUUCCGUUAAAUCCUGAUAGUUACUUCGGUCUGUUGAAUAUCCACGCUGGAAUAUUUCUAUUCACUUACAAUAAAAUAGAGCUCUCAGGAACAUGAAUAGACAGAGCUCAAAAUAUGGUCGAGUAAGGUACUCUGCUUUCUAAUUGGGCUCCCUUGAUCCAACAUAUAGAUGAUUUCUGUAUGUUUCAAGUGAUAUGAAGUUUAUAAGUUUAUAAGCAAUUGUACUGAUAUGUCUUAUAUACGCUAGAUGAUGUUGAAAUCUCAUAUAUUCAAAACUGAUAAGAAACUCAUAUGUCCUCACACGACAUUUCAAUCCGUUUAAUAGUAUACUACACUUUAAUUUUCUUUAAUUUUCUGUAUUUCACGGUUUCUAUUCUUCGUUUUAUCCACAAAUAAUACCUUUUAACUAUGGCAGCUAAAUAAUGAACGCUAGCGAAC